CCUUUAAAAACAACUCUUUAACAGUUCAAACAGCAAAUUUAAAAUACAGUGUGACGGGCAGCACAACAGCCUGCAUCGCCAUGGCAACAGCAGAGAGAAUUUGUGCUGCAGUCUGUGAAAAGGUGGAAAAGAGGAUGCAGUGAUGUGUUUUUGGAGCAGAGAGAGAGAGAGAGAGGGAUAAAGGAGGAGUGGGUGGAGGGCAGAGGAGAGGAUGAGCAGGCUGGUCUCUAAACCGCUGCACUUCCUCUGAGAUGAAACCACAGCUGUCACUCCUAAAACCAGCGGUGGGGUGAUAUAAAGGCUCCGUGUGAGUCUGAGGGUCAGUGUGUCUGUGGAUCGUCUACCAGCCGAAUGAUGCUGAUGUCUGUGGUGCUGACCUGCCUGCUGGGCCUGACCGCGGCCUCUCCGAUUGUUCAGAAGGACGUUUUAGAUGACCUGGUCACACAGAGGAGCCUCAACAGCGUCAGCAAUCCAGAGGGCCAGCAGACCAACAUGCCGGUCUACACCCCCGCCCUACUGCCUGUCACUCCUGCUGUUCCUGCUUCUCAGAUUAUUCCAGGUGUUCCUGUAGCUCCGGCGGUUCCCGCUGAUGGACAGAGGAUCAUAACUGACCAGCUUGUUCCAGGUGUUCCAGGUGUUCUUGUAGGUCCGGUAGGCCGACCUGAUGGACAGCAGGUGGCAGUUGACCAGGCGGCGGUGCACAGCUCUUCUGAAUCAGAGAGCUCUGAGCAAAGUGAAUCAGUGGAGACCCUGACACCGCUCCCUCCAGACAGCAGCUCAGAGAGAUCAGAUUCAGCGUCUGAUCCGGACACCUCUGAGCAGACGGCUGAGUCUCUGAACGUGACCUCAGACGACACGACGUCUGAGGAGACCCCCAGUCCACUGCACGCUCAGCUGGCACAUCAGACUGGUCUGGAUGGAGAUUUGGGGGACAACAGUCAGGCCAGCGAGGAGAGCGUUCGCAGGAGUUGGCUUCAUGCCUUCAGACGCAAUUUUCAUCAGCAGAUUUAUGGUGGAAUUGUCCUGCAGGGCGUGGCUACGUCCCCACCAGCCACUGGAGUUGCUACGGGAACUGCAGCACUGGGUGUAACCGUGGGCAACAGACCAACAGUAGCACCAACACUGAGCGCUCCAGCUCUGACGACGCCAGCUACGGAGAAGGACAGCGAGGCCAGCGAGAGCAUCGAGAGCAAAGAGGAGGCGGAGCUUCAGGAAUGGCGCGAGUGCAGAGAGACGACGGAUAACGGCGACUGUAUAUCGCACCGAGCCGUUAACGACGACGGUAACAUCGAAAACGAUCUACACCAUGGGCCACUACGACUGGAGGAGGACCACGCUCACAUGACCAUCUGACCAUCUGACUACAUUACCCGCAAACCCCUCAAACUACCUUUAACACUACACUACCCAUAAACCCCUCACUAACAUUAACACUACACUACCCACAAGCCCCUCAAACUACCUUUAACACUACACUACCCAUAAACCCCUCACUAACAUUAACACUACACCACCCAUAAACCCCUCAUUAACAUUAACACUACACUACCCACAAACCCCUCAAACUACCUUUAACACUACACUACCCAUAAACCCCUCACUAACAUUAACACUACACUACCCACAAACCCCUCAAACUACCUUUAACACUACACUACCCAUAAACCCCUCAUUAACAUUAACACUACACUACCCAUAAACCCCUCACUAACAUUAACACUACACUACCCAUAAACCCCUCACUAACAUUAACACUACACUACCCAUAAACCCCUCACUAACAUUAACACUACACUACCCACAAACCCCUCAAACUACCUUUAACACUACACUACCCAUAAACCCCUCAAACUACCUUUAACACUACACUACCCAUAAACCCCUCACUAACAUUAACACUACACUACCCAUAAACCCCUCACUAACAUUAACACACUACCCAUAAACCCCUCACUAACAUUAACACUACACUACCCAUAAACCCCUCACUAA